UUUUUUUUUGAUUUUAAAUUCCCAUAUUGUGUUGUUUCUUUUUGGGAAGCAAAACUCUGUAGUAAAAGGUCUUGAAUUUCUCGUGCGCUGUGGCUCGGAUACGCUCAAGACUCAAGACGAGUCCUGCUUCAACUGACUGAUUCUUCCCGUCCUACGUGCCAUGCCGCGUCGUAGCAGCUACAUGACUGGAGCAAUGUCAUCGGCUGCGCUUGUGCUAGCUCUGCUGGUCUUGCAUGUCGCGGCGCAGACGGCCAGCCCCGUUCCAACAACCACCGCCGUUCCCACACCCGACGGUGGCGACCUCAAAGAAACGUACACCCUGACCUGCCCCGAGCGCUGCUUCUUGUUCAAGGUGUUUGCCACUUCGCAAUCGCAGUAUGCUUUGGAUUGUGACAGCUUUUGUGCGGCUGUGGCGUCUGCCGAUGGCGUUCUGACGGGAUCUGCCGCCAGCCUCGUUUCGGGGGUGGCUGCAACCCUGGAGCAGUACCAGGCAAAUGCUCUCAACGUUUCCAACACUGCGCGUGCCGCCAACACCACCCUGUAUGCAGCCGCCGUCAGCAACGCCACCCUUGGCGUGCUGAUUGACACGAUUGCCAACGCCAGCGCCUCGUACCUCGCGGAAGCCAACCGCUUCAGCGCCUACAUUGCGCUUGCUGGCACGCAGGCCAACUGGAACGCGCUGUUUACCGCUCUGAGCCCCGUUGUGUUUGACUGGGCCACCUUCCAAGCCUACUGGGCGGAUAAUUCGACUCAACUCACACCGCUCAAUUUCAACGACAAGUUGACCGACCUGACAGCUGUGAUUCAACAAACACAAGUAAGCCUGGAUGCAGUCUACGCCGCCCUUGUGCAGGGGAACGCGCCUCGUACGUCCCGCGUUCUGUACGCGCGUUACGUGAGCUUCCAGUACGUGGCCAGCUACACCCUCCGAAACGCCUGGCGCUUUGCCAUCGCCGCACGCGCCAAGUUUAGCACCACCAACGAAACUCGGGCUGCUACGCUGGCCAAUUUCGUCGCUUGGCAGUCGGCUCAGUACGCAUUUACAAUCCAGCAGGCGUCUACGUUCAGCGUCGCCUUGAUUGUGAAUCCCGUCUUUGUGGACACACUUGCUCUUGUGAAUGCCAUCACCGGGCCGCGCGGCGGCAAUGGAGGUCUUGGCAAAGCCACGCUGCUGCUCUCAUGCGAAGACCGCUGCGUGCUCGCGCGCGCGUUUAGUGCCGCGGCCGCCGAUUUUUCACUGGACUGCGUUGCCUUCUGCAACGAAAUUCGCCGCUCUGGCGGCGCGUUGACUGCCGCCUCUUACGCCGUGCUGGAGCGCGCUCGAUCGCAGCUGCGCGAUAUCCAGGGCCAGGUUCUUACCACUUCGACGGUCACGGUGGCGCUGCGUGCGGCGCUUGAGCAAGCGGGCACCACCACCCAGCUGCAGCGGCUCAUGCAGCAGGUGACGGAAAACACGCAGCUGUUUUCUGCCAAUGUGAGCGCGGCCCUCGACUUUGCAAACAUCCAGCCUGUGCGUGUCAUCUGGAACGACCUCUUUGUGCGCCUCGAGCUCGACCCGGUCUCCGUGUUUGAUCAAUGGAACACGUUCAAAGCAGCGUGGUCCAACUUUACCACGUUCGACCUGCUCGAGUAUGUGGAGAACUCUGAACGGUUUAACGAAACCAUCCAAGACAUGCUGCAGCUCAAAGUGCAGAUUGACGCCGCGCUCGUUUCGCAUGUCCAGCUGCAUUCCGAUCGCCUCUUCCUCGUGCGGUACUUGCGAAUGCAUCUUGCCUGGUCCCAGGCUCUGGUGUAUGCGUAUCAGUACGUUGUUGCCGGCCGAGCGGCGUUCGACAAUGCGAACGUUACCAUCCGCGACUACGUCUCAGCCGAGUUCAAGUAUGCUCAGCUGGAUGUCUACAAGCGCUUCAUUCAGUCCAACAAUGUGACGACGUUCGCCCCAAUCGAAGCAAACGUGUUGGAAGGAACCUACUCUGCGUUGGUGAGCUUUUCGGACGUGUUUAAAGACUCUGGCAACGGAGGACACGUAGCGCAUCCAGUCGCACUAUUAGUUGCGCUGCUUUGCGCUCUUGGAAGCGUUGCCUCAGGCUGGCUUUCAACUUAGCUUUUUGUUGCGCCUUUUGUUUUUUUGAAAACAUUGGUCCUUUUUGUUGCGAUAAUACCUGGUAGUUUUGUGUGAGAUUUCUUAUUGUUGUUGAUUUUGUUGUCGUUGUUGUUGUUGUUGUUAUUGUUGUUGUUGUUGCUGUCAUUGUUGACGUGCAAGAUGCACCCUCCUCCUGCAUGGAUUGUUAUUGCUGGACUUGUAAAGUACAAAACAUUCGAAUGACGAGUUGUUCCUGAA